AUCAGUUGCUUCACUCCUGUGCGCAGGAAUUUCCACCAUUAUCACUCAAAACAAAGCAUCAAUUUCGCAAACUCCAAUUCCAAGGUUCAGUAAAAGUUCUUUGCUUUGCCUGAUGAUCCUGUUUGGAUAUUGCCCAUGUAUGUUUUGUGUUGGAUUUUCAAACAUGGAAAACUGAAAUCUCCACAUUCUGAUACUGGUUUUAGUUGGAUUAUUUUGGUGCUUGGACUUUAUUGGAUCUGAAGGUACAUAUAAUUCCGUUAAGCAGGAAGGUAUCAACAGCCUAAAGUGAAUGGAUGUCCAAGCACCUUGCACUUCGAGAAAUCGACCAAGGCAUCAACCUCUUACACCAUUUAGGGUGGUCAGGGGUGUUUUAUGUUUGGUCGUGUUAAUUUUGACGGCAUUUAUGUUAUUAGUAUUUUGUGGCUUUUGGGCAGUUAUGGGCUUGAGGUUUUUCAGUGUUCACUACAGCAGAACCACAACAGCCUUCUUUUUUGGAUGUUGGAUAGCUCUGUGGCCAUUUUUAUUCGAAAAGGUUAACAAGACUAAAGUUGUUUUCUCUGGGGAUUGUGUCCCUAAUAGGGAGCGAGUGUUGCUUAUUGCAAACCAUAGAACAGAGGUUGAUUGGAUGUAUCUGUGGGACCUUGCAUUACGGAAGGGAUGUGUUGGUUCCAUAAGGUAUAUACUUAAGAGCAGUUUAAUGAAAUUACCCGUGUUUGGUUGGGUUUUUCAUGUCAUGGAGUUCAUACCGGUAGAGAGGAAAUGGGAGGCUGAUGAAUCAAAGCUGCGCAGGAUGCUCUCUUCCUACACAGACCGUAAAGAUCCACUUUGGCUUGCUGUUUUUCCAGAAGGCACUGAUUUCACAGAACAAAAGUGCAUACGCAGUCAAAAAUAUGCUUCUGAAAAUGGAUUACCGAUUCUGAAGCAUGUGCUGCUUCCAAAAACGAAAGGAUUUUGUGCUUGCUUAGAGGAGUUGAGAGGUUCCUUGGAUGCUGUCUAUGACCUCACUAUUGGAUACAAACAUAACUGUCCGUCCUUCUUGGACAAUGCCUUCGGGGUUGAUCCAGCUGAAGUUCACAUUCACAUUCGACGUAUUGCUCUUUCAGACAUCCCACACUCUGAAAACGAGGCUGCUUCGUGGUUGAUGGAUACAUUCUCCCGCAAGGACCAGUUGCUCCGGGAUUUCUAUUCCCAAGGCCAUUUCCCUCGCGAAGGAAUAGAAGGUGAACUUUCUAUGUGGAAGUGUCUUUUAAAUUUUGCGUUUGUUGUAUUCUUGACCGGUGUGUGUACAUUUCUCACCCUCUUUGCCUCUGUUUGGUUCAAAAUAUACGUUACCACUGCCUGUGCAUUACUAGCGACAGCAACAUAUUUCAACUUCCGACCUUCCCCAAUUGUAUGUUUAUGAAAACCUUAGUGUACGAACUCAAAAACGGAGAAAGAUCAGAACUAUUAAUCUCCUCAACAUUCAUGUAAUGCAAAAGAUUGCAUCUGCAAUUUUUAUCUUGCUUGAUGCUUUGCUUGUUUAUAAAUUGCAUAGAGUAGUGUUA